AUGGCUUCAUUUGAAGCAGCUGGAGGUCGUCUGCUGCAGUCAAGAUAUGAAGGAGCACCCCGUCUGGUGCGGACCACUGUCAUAGCAUGUCUUGGGGCGUUGUGUUUGGGAUAUGUUCUCGGGUACAGUUCUCCGGCAAUUCCUAGCAUGGUUAAAAGUGGUGUUUUCACCAAGCAAGACGCGGGCUGGUUUGGGUCGCUCAUGACAGUUGGAGCAAUACUCGGGGGUCCUGCAGGCGGAUGGUGUAUUGAGAAGUUUGGCAGACGCAAAUCACUGAUGAUAGCGUCUGUUCCGUUCUUAUUGGGUGCUGUCCAAGCAGCCCUAGCACUGGUCAUGUCAUGUUUCAUCCCAGAAACACCCCGAUGGUUGCUGGGGAAGAACAAGAAGGCUGAAGCCAUCCAGGCCUUGAAGGUUCUCCGUGAUUCACAUAUGGAUGUUCAGGAGGAAUGCCGAGACAUUGAAGAAGGCCUUGAUCCACAAGAGGAGUUUGCUUGGACAAAAGGAGGGGUGCGCACCUCUGCACCCCCUUCUCUAUCCGCCUAUGUGAAGGAUUUAUCGCCGCAACCUUAG